AUGGCUCUCCUUCUGAGUCCGGGGGUGGCGCUGGGUCUUCUCUGGGUGUUGUGCAGCUUCUUCUUGAGGUGGAACGAACUGAGGAGUCACCAGCGGAGGGUCCUCCUCCCUCCGGGGACGAUGGGCUGGCCGGUCGUCGGCGAGACGAUAGAGUUUCUCCGUCGUGGUCCCGACUUCCUGAAGAAGCAGAGAGCCAGGUGAGGGAUCUCCCCUCCUCUGUAAAUAAUGAACAUUGCGGCGACGUGAUCAAGCAAAAUCUGGCUACUGGUGAUCGGAAAUAUCUACAGGUACGGGAGCUUGUUCACGUCCCACCUACUGGGAAGCCCUACCGUCGUGUCCAUGGAUCUGGAGGUCAACAGGUGGAUCCUCAUGAACGAGGGGAGGGGACUCGUUCCGGGGUACCCGCAGGCCAUGGCGGAGAUUCUGGGGGAAUGGAACGUUGCGGCGGUCCACGGCGCCUUCCACCGCGUGGUGAGGGGCGCGCUGCUGUCUGUGGUCGGUCCCGCCGCCGUGAGAGAGCGGCUCUUCCCCACGUUAGACGAGUUCAUCAGGUCCCACCUUUGCGAUUGGGGCGGCAGCGGCGGCGGCGGCGCCACCGUGGACGUCCAGGAGAAGGCCAGGGAGGUCAGUCUGGAGAUGCAGGAUCCCUCCACCGCCAAUCUGGGCGAGAUUUUUGACUUCCGGUGUGUUCUCAUUUCCUUGCUCGGCCAGAUGGCCUUCUCGUCGGCGCUUAAGCUGAUCGCCGGGAUUGAGACCGGGGAGAUGGCGACGGAGCUCAAGGCGGAGUUCUUCAAGCUCGUUCGGGGUACCCUCUCUCUCGCCGUCGAUCUCCCCGGCACCGCCUACCGCCGUGGACUUCAGGCAAGCUCUCUCAUUCUCCUGAUCUGACUCCAUCCGCCGCCGUUCCUCGUCCUCAGGCCCAAGUGACUGUGUCGCUCUGCAGGCCAGGAAGAGGAUCAUCAGGUUGUUAAGGGGGCUGAUUGUGGAGAGGAGGAGGAGUAGCCCUUCCGUCAUGAAAGGCGGCCGCGACAUGCUCAGCUUGCUCCUCCGGGAAGAAGGAGAAGAAGAGCAAGAUGUCCAUCAGACGGGGCCCAAGCUCACCGACGAGCAGAUAAUCGACCUACUCAUCUCCGUCAUCUACUCCGGCUUCGAGACCGUCUCCACGGCGGCGACGAUGGCCGUUAAGUAUCUCCACGACAACACCUCAGCCCUCCAAGAACUUCGGGUAACAUCUCUGCUCCUCUCCUUCUCCAGGCCCCUUAAACUCACACAACUCUGUCUCUCUGUGUCUCUCUGUGUCUCUGUGUCUCUGUGUCUGUGUCUCUGUGUCUCUGUGUCUCUGUCUCUCUUUGUCUCUCUCCGUAGAAGGAGUAUUCGGAGAUCAGUCGGCGGAAAUCGCCGGCGGAAGGCGCGUUGACCUGGGGAGACUACACGUCCAUGGAAUUCACUCGUGCGGUGAGCGAUCGCCGUUCUCCUCCCCCUUCAUCUUCUUCAUCGUCCGAAACCUUUAUCCGCGUGCGUGCCUGAAGGUGAUACUGGAGACGAUGCGGCUGGCCACCAUAGUCAACGGGGUUCUGCGGAAGACGACCGAGGACAUCGCCAUGAAUGGUGAGUCCCGAACCUGCCCACGCCAACCCCCCAUCCACGAGUCAAAGAGCAGGGAGCUCUGACGAACGGUCCGGAUUGACUCCUCGGUAGGGUUUGUCGUCCCCAAGGGGUGGAGAAUCUAUGUCUACACCAGGGAGAGCAACUACGAUUCCCUCCGGUACCCGGCGCCGCUCCGCUUCGACCCCUGGAGAUGGAAGGUCUCUCUCUUCCCUCUCUCUCGCUUUCUCUCUCUCUCUCUGCUCUCUCUCUCUCUCUCUCUCUCUCUCUCUCUCUUCCUUCCCUUUCUCCCUCUGCUGAGCCUUUCUGUGGCGCUCCUCCAGGAUAGGAGCCUGGAGAAUCACCAACACUUCAUGAUGUUCGGCGGCGGCGGAAGGCUCUGCCCGGGGAAGGAGUUGGGCCUGGUUCAGAUAUCCCUAUUCCUUCAUUACUUCUUGACCAGAUAUAGGUAAAGAAAUGGCUACUCUCUCUCUCUCUCUCUCUCUCUUUCUCUCUCGCUCUCUUUAUGCGUCCACAGUGAGAAGCAAGCUCUGAAAUGACAGGUGGGAGGACGCCGGAGGCAACGAAAUAGUUCAGUUUCCGAGAGUGGAAGCCCCCCGAGGUCUCCACAUCCGGGUUUGGCCCAACUGA